AUGGAGGGCUUCUUCCUAAUUCCAUCAUUUCAGCCAGGCACUGGAAAGGAAGGUGUCUGUGUCGUUGGUGGAAUGUCUGCAUGGAUUCCUGUGUGUUGUAUUAAUUUUUUGUCUGCACGGUUGGAUAAGAACAUUUGGCACACCGUGUAUAUGGCUAUGCGUCUCCUGAGCAGUAUAUAUGUCUGUAUCCUUUCAGGGUUGGAGCAGAUAUCACGGUUCUCAGAGAGAGGGAGGUGGAAUAUGACAGUGACAGCCCCAGGCACAUAACAGAGGUUCUAAUACGUAAAGUGCCGGACAACCAGCAGGUAAAGGACCGGCCACAUCUGAAAAUGAACUGAUGUCACUCUCUGCCUUCACACUGACUGCAAAGUAGAGUAGUCUCAUUCUGUUGCACUGUGGGUUUAUAAAGAUGCAUGUACCUCCAGCUGUCCCUUCCCUGCAUUGUAUUCUCUGACCUUUUCUGUUCCCCCAGUUCUUGGAUCUGCGGGUUGCUGUGCUUGGUAACGUAGACUCUGGGAAAUCCACACUGCUGGGUGUAUUGACACAGGGUGAAUUAGACAAUGGCCGUGGCCGGGCAAGGCUGAAUCUCUUCCGCCACCUUCACGAAAUCCAAUCUGGGCGGACAUCCAGCAUUAGCUUCGAAAUUUUGGGCUUUAACAGUAAAGGAGAGGUGAGCAGCAAGUGGGUAUGGAUGAAAGGGUGCUUUUAUUCAAGGACACAACUUUCAGCCUUUUCAGCACAUACUGUAAAAGAUAUAGAUAGCUGUAAAGUGUUUUGUGUUUUUGUGUGUGUGAGAUUUGUUUACAAAUAUGUGACCUCUGUCUUUGGACUUAAGAAGAUAAGGUGUAUCCUUGUCAGGAUUCUGUGAGUUGCUUUUGGUCCUAUUCCUUUUUACAGCUUUUCAAGAUUCUGAACUGUGACGCUGUCUCCUGCUGUUCUUUCCAAGACUUUAUGACAUGACCUACUGGUAUUGUAAUCUGACCUCCGUUCUGGGCUGCUACGAACCUGUUACCCCUCCACCUGUCUGGCCCAUGAAAGGACAACUGUCCUCAAACUUCUGGAAUAAAAGGGAAUAAUGACAUGUCACACAUGUCAUGUGUCCUUAAGGGGUUAAGGUCUCUCUGGGCAUAGCUCAUAAAUGUCUUAAGGGUUUUUUUUUUUUAGGUGAUGUGCAUGUCAUGCAAGCAGUAAGACAUGAGCUGCAGCUUACGUUUUUCUGCCAACAAAACAAUAUAUUGCGUACUAGAUGAAUAUUUCGUGUAACUCUUGUCUAAAGAAUAAAAUGCUACACUAUAAAUAAAAAAUGUUCCUCCUCUGUUCUGCAGAUUUACCUCUAUUUAUAGAUAACUACUGAUUCUUAAUAAAUACCCUUUUUGUUUGUAUAUCUCCUAUUUUGAAGCUAGUCAGCUGCUUUUGGUCAUUACAAGCAGUGGCGUACACACAACCCAUGGGGCCUUGGUGCGAAAACUGAUCCGUGGCCCCCCCCACCCCCGCGCACGAUUACUCUGUGCGGGCUGGAGCCGCAACACAUGGCAGCGGGCACCUGAUUGCAGGGCUGCGACCGUGGUAUGUACGCGAGUGCAUGCAGAUACACAUACACUUAAAGGACCACUACAGACACCCAGAUCACAUCAGCUCAAUGAAGUGGUCUGGGUACCAGGUCCCUCUAGUUUUAACCCUGCAGCUGAUUCACUGAGGGUUAAUCCAGCCUCUAGUGGCUGUCUCAUUGACAGCCGCUAGAGGAGCUUUCGCGAUUCUAAGACAAUGAACGUCCAUAGGAAAGCAUUGAGUACUGAUUACAAGUCACAUGUUGCUCUUCAUUGAAAGCAAUUAAUAAUCUGGCAUAUUGGGUCUGUGCGUGUAAUAACCGAACCUGGAACAGUGUGUCUGUGUUCACAUUUGUGGUCCUAGGUUACUAAUAAAUGAUAUACCAGGGAUGAAUCCCUACUAACAGUGCAUACACUUACAAUAAAUAAAUACGUUUCCAUCACACAAACAGCUGAAAUGAUACCGUAGUCCUCACUCACAGUGCUGUAACAGUAUUUUCUCUUCCAGAAGGAAGGGAUAAACCUACGCAUUUAUUUCUCAAUUUUUACAUUUCUUUUAGAUAUUGUACACUUUAACUUAAGACCAGCUGUGUCUGGGAAAGAUUAAUGAAUCUUUGUGUUCACGAGGGCUAUAAAAUGUAUCCCAAACAAGCUAUUUUAUUAUCGUAGGCAUUUCUAACUCCUCUUUAAUAGUCUCUAUCUCCUGGGAACUUUAACAAUUCUUUUGAGAGGAACACUGACUAAAUAGGAAAAAAAAGUAUGUUUAAAAACCGCUUGUAAAAGCUGCAGAUCAUUUGUCUGCAGCCUUUGCAAGCCCUCCCAUUCUAAAAAAAAAAAAAAAAAAACUAGGUCAACCAUGCUUCCAUUUUGGCUACUUUGGCCUUAAAUUUAAAAUUCUAAUCGAAGUCCUAACUAUUCUCAGUUUAGUGAAUAAUCCUACCUGUAUUUAAAUGGCUCUCCUUUCUACAUAUUGAUGAAUAGCCCCCCUCUAUACAGCUCAUGUUUUUGGAAGCCUGUCUGUUACACCUAUGUCACAGGGGCUGGAUUGUAUUAUUCACUGCAUAAAUGGUAUCCUUAGGGAGGAAGUGACUUGUCAUUUAUUAGACUGGAGUAGUUGAGUUGCAUGUCAAACAAAGGCGUAAACUCUGGGUUUUGUACAAACCUGAUUUGUCACCCAAAUAAUGCCAUGAGCAUGUAAUCCUAUAAUAUGGCUUAAAAUAAAGCUGUUUUCUCAUGGUGUGCACAAGAGGGAUGCCCUGCUCCACUGAACGUUUAGAAAUAAUGCAAGUAUGGGACUGGCCUGGAUCUGCUGGAUGUACAUACUGCCUGUUGCAUCCCAGCCUUUGCACAAGUUUCUUUCCAGUUAACAAAUCAUUUUAAAGCUUUGGGAAUUGUAGUGUACGGUCCUGUGUCUGUCUGUUGCUGAGACCUGUAACAACAUAAAUCACUGGCAGAAAAAUCAAGCUCUCUCUUUGACAGUCUUGUGCGUAUCCCAUAAACCCUUGCACAACAAAUUUUCCAUGCUACGUUAUUCUGUAGUCAUUGGUACUUUGCAUUCAUAAAUUGCUUUGCAGGUAAAUUGCAGCAAUCUGGUAUGUUUUUUUUUUUUUGUUAACUUGCUUAGCACCUCCUUUAUAUUUGUCUUUAGUCUUGGCGAUCAAGUAAAAAAUAUCCUACAACGAAAAAAGCACUAUGUUAAAGAAAUGUUCGUAGUCCACUAUUUGGUUUGGGGUUCCCACCCCAGUCUGAGGUUUGCGCAAUGAGUGUGCCAUGAGCUGCACUCGAGCCAGUGGACCUAAAGGACUUUCUGUUGUAGUCGUGAGUGUGUCCCUAUGUGUCUGGGCCUGUGGGGUGAGGAUGUGUACAUAGCUGUAAGGAAAGCAUAUUCAUUGUAACACACAGUAAUCUCGCAUGGACUGAAUGACCGUACACCAAAAUAGACAAAAUUCUCUGUUGUGAUUGUAGCAAGCUUUUUUACAUUAAUUUGUAACGCUACAAUUCUUUGGCAUUCUGUGUGAGGCGCUCUCUGUAUUGUGUGAAAGGCUUCUGUGCGAUGUUUAAAGGCAGCUUGUGGUUACAAUGUUAAUUUAGUCGGCUAAAACAAUUCAGAUGACUAAACUACGAUUAAAACUGCUAUAUUAGUCUAAAGGACUAUGACUAAAACUAAAUUGAAAUUUGCUGCCAAAAUUAACACUGCACAAAAUGGCUGUUGAAGGGGCAAAAGAGACAGACCAGCUGGGGAGAGAGACACCUAGAGGGGCUGAGGAAGGGACAAAAGAGACAGGGGCUUUAACUAAACCCAUUAGAUUUUAGUUGAGUUGACUAAAACUAAAACAAUUCAGAUGACUAAACUACGACUAAAACGAAGUUGAAAUUUGCUGCCAAAAUUUACACUGUGCUGUUAGGCCUAUCUUUUCAUUCAGACAUCUAGUCCACGUAUGUGUUGAAUAUCAUGGGAGUGUUGGUUUAACCAAUAUCAAUUGUAUCCUCUCUCACCGGAUGAGUGGCAGUCUGGGUAACUAGCAGGUUUAGCCAGGACUGACUCCUCAGAGCUAGAUUAAAUUCUUAUUGGUCUUCUGGGAUGACCAUUUAGGAUUGGUGGAUUGGGAAACUAUGGACAGUGUGCACUGCUUACUGGUGAUUGGUUGAAUAACUCACUGAUACCUGUCCUCCCCUCUUACCUGUGACAGGUGGUGAAUUACAGUGAAUCUCGCACGGCAGAGCAGAUCUGUGAAACUGCCUCCAAGAUGAUCACAUUCAUAGACUUAGCUGGUCACCACAAGUACUUGAAAACGACCAUCUUUGGUCUCACCAGUUACUGUCCUGACUUUGCCAUGCUGGUGGUGAGCGCCAACACUGGUAUUGGUAAGUGUUGUUGCCACAGAUCCCAGCUGAUGCUGUAACAAUAGCAGAUUCCUUCCCUCUCCUGGGAGUUGAGGUAUCGGCAAGACUUGGCGAUAUGGCGGAUUCCUGGGUCCUCUCUCACUAACAUCAAAUACUGGGCUACCCCCCUCUGACUAACCUCAAAUACUGGGCUAGCCUCCUCUCACUAACUCAAAUACUGGGCUACCCCCCUCUCACUAACCUCAAAUACUGGGCUACCCCCCUCUCACUAACCUCAAAUACUGGGCUACCCCCCUCUCACUAACCUCAAAUACUGGGCUACCCCCCUCUCACUAACCUCAAAUACUGGGCUACCCCCCUCUCACUAACCUCAAAUACUGGGCUAGCCUCCUCUCCCCAACAUCAAAUACUGGGCUAGCCUCCUCUCCCCAACAUCAAAUACUGGGCUAGCCUCCUCUCCCCAAGAUAUAAUACUGUACCCUCCCCUUCCUUCUAACCCCGCCCAGACUUUCUGUGGCUGUCCAAUGCAGCUCAAUGAGAAGUCUUUGCACGGCAGGUGCUCUGGGCAGUUUCUGCCUCUUGGGUUUAUGCCUACUGCGCUGAACAAACCAGGAAGUAACAGGACCUGUUAUCUGAUUGAAAGCCAGGGGGUGUAACCAGUAUUAUUUAGAAAAGUGUAAAUUUCAAUUGGAAUCUGCUCUUUUUUGCAAAAAAAAAAAAAGACACACUUUUCACUCCAAGCUUUUCAGCAAAAUAAAAGUAAAUGUAGAAAUCCACAGUUCUGUGUCAUGCAACUGGGCGACUCCACAGUAAUAACUGAUUUUCAAUCUUCUAUUUAUUGAAUAAAUUCCAGAGAGUGAUUUUUUUUUUCCCAAACUGUUCUGGCUGCCUCUAGGUUCCUGUUAGCUUCUCGUCGUAAACUGUAAAUUCCUUUAUCUGGUUGUUUCAUGGUGAUUGCUGUCAUGGCUCAGUCCACAUCUUCAUAUAAAUGGUUUUUAAGGUGUGUAAUGAAACCAUUUCUGUAUUCGCCUGUGAAAUGAUUUAGGGUAUGAGACCCCACAGGAGUGUGUGGUUUUUUUUUUUAAUUUAUUUUUUUUAAUUUUUUUUUAUUUUGGAUUAGUGACCUGGGCAUCACUGAUGUCUCAUUUUUCCCUGCAGCAGGCACCACAAGGGAGCACCUGGGUCUGGCCAUGGCGCUGAAAGUUCCUUUCUUCCUGGUGGUCAGUAAAGUGGAUUUGUGCUCAUCAUCCACUGUAGAACGAACACUUAGACAGCUGGAGCGGACACUCAAGCAGCCUGGUUGUAACAAGGUGCCAUUCAUGGUGCGCUCAGAGGAUGAUGCCGUAACUGCAGCCCAGCAGUUUGCACAAUCACCAAAGUAAGGGGUGCAGUAAUCCUUGGGGGAUCCACUCGUAAAUCUCACAGCAAUACCUAGGCUUCCUAGAGGUUUGCUCUCUGUCUCUGGCAGGUUGUGUCCCGAUACCCUCUGCUUCCUUUAGCGUUCAACUCAGUGGCCACUGCACUGUACAUUGUGAUCCUGAAUAGCAUUUCCACUGUUCUGUGUGCCCCCCCAAAUACCUUUUUAUUUCCCUUUAUUAUAGCAUCACACCGAUCUUCGCCCUGUCCAGUGUUUCUGGGGAAUCUUUGGAACUCCUCAAAGUCUUCCUGAAUAUUCUGCCCCCCCUCACUAAUAGCCACGAACAGGAAGAACUGAUGCAGCAGCUACCGGAGUUUCAGGUGGGUCUUGGGUCAUCUGAGGAUGUUUAGUUUCUGUUUAGUCUGGCAGCUGAAAACCCCUUUCUUCUUGCAGGUUGAUGAAAUAUAUUCUGUGCCUGAAGUAGGAACCGUUGUGGGAGGAACACUGUACAGGUGGGGGCCCUCUGACAAUCUCCAAAUUAGGGAAUUGAAAUCGGAAUAGUGGUCAUAUCUAGAAAGGAUUACAGGAGUUAGUUGGGGGCUGAGAGGUACAGUGUAAGGUAGGAUUACAGGAGCUAGUUUAGGGGUGUAUAGGAGGGUUACAAGAGUUAUUAUGGAGGUGAGAGCGACCGUGUAUGGGAGGAUGACCGCAGUUAGUGUCGGAGGUGAAAAGGACCAAGUAAGGUAGGGGUACAGGAGUUGGUGUGAGGGUCAGUGGGGCUGUGUAUGGUAGUCUUACAGGAGUUAGUGUGAGGGUCAGUGGGGCUGUGUAUGGUAGUCUUACAGGAGUUGGUGUGAGGGUCAGUGGGGCUGUGUAUGGUAGUCUUACAGGAGUUAGUGUGAGGGUCAGUGGGGCUGUGUAUGGUAGUCUUACAGGAGUUAGUGUGAGGGUCAGUGAGACUGUGUAUGGUAGUCUUACAGGAGUUAGUGUGAGGGUCAGUGAGACUGUGUAUGGUAGUCUUACAGGAGUUAGUGUGAGGGUCAGUGGGACUGUGUAUGGUAGUCUUACAGGAGUUAGUGUGAGGGUCAGUGGGACUGUGUAUGGUGCGGUUACAGGAAUUAGUGGGAGGGUCAGUGGGACUGUGUAUGGUGCGGUUACAGGAAUUAGUGGGAGGGUCAGUGGGACUGUGUGGUGCGGUUACAGGAAUUAGUGGGAGGGUCAGUGGGACUGUGUGUAUGGUAGUGUUACAGGAAUUAGUGGGAGGGUCAGUGGGACUGUGUAUGGUAGUGUUACAGGAGUUAGUGGGAGGGUCAGUGGGACUGUGUGUAUGGUACGGUUACAGGAGUUAGUGGGAGGGUCAGUGGGACUGUGUAUGGUAGUGUUACAGGAGUUAGUGGGAGGGUCAGUGGGACUGUGUGUAUGGUACGGUUACAGGAGUUAGUGGGAGGGUCAGUGGGACUGUGUGUAUGGUACGGUUACAGGAGUUAAUGGGUGGGUGAGAGGGACAGAGUAAGAGAGGAUGACCGCAGUUUGUGUCGGAGGUGAAAGGGAAUGACAGGAAUUAGUGUCAGAGGUGAAAGGGACUGAGUUAGGUAGGGUUACAGGAGUUAGUGUGGGGGUGUGUAAGGGAGGGCUCCAGGAAUUUGCAUUGAUGGGUGUGAUUGUAGGGAAGUAGAGCUCAUGAUAUAAUCCAGAUUGUACAGGCCAAGUUGUGGAAGCAGGCCUGCUGAGUGUUGUGGUUUGUUUCUUUGUAGUGGUGUCUGUAAAGAAGGGGAACGCCUGGUGGUCGGCCCCACAGAUGGAGGGGGCUUCCUGCCGCUGAAAGUGUGUAGUAUACAGAGGAAUCGUUCUGCAUGUCGUGUGCUGCGUGCUGGACAGGCUGCAACACUUGCAUUGGGAGCGUUUGACCGUUCGCUCCUACGGAAGGUGAGUAUAUGAACCCCUUAACUGAUACAGAAAGGGGUUCUAGGUCAGUCCACUUGACCUCAAAUGGUUGGAUUAUUGGCAAAACCUGGGCUGAGGGAACAUGAGGACAUGGCUGUUCUGAAAAUCAGGCCCUACGGUUUCAGUCUGUAUCUUAUGUGCUUGCUCUCUGCAGGGCAUGGUGAUGGUUAGUCCGGAGAUGCUGCCCACUGUGUGCUGGGUGUUUGAGGCUGAGAUUGUGCUGCUGUUUCAUGCCACUUCAUGUCGCCGUGGAGUGCAGGUCACAGUGCACGUGGGAAAUGUCAGACAAACGGCUGUCCUGGAGCAUAUACAUGGCAAGGUGAGAAGACACGGACACAUGCUUUCUCUACUUUUUUUCCUACCCACUCUUUUCUUAUUCUUUUCUUGUGUCUCCUGUAGGAUGAACUGCGGACUGGGGAGAAAGCUGUUGUACGUUUCCGAUUUAUUAAACACCCGGAAUACUUAAAAAUUGGGACAAAACUCCUAUUCAGAGAGGGCGUAACUAAGGGUAUUGGACAUGUGUGCAGUCUGCAGGUUAUUGCCACGGAGACCGGUGGCCUCUGA